CAAUAUUAUAUAGAUAACAGAAUUGCAUUAAUGAUAAUAACGAUAAUAACUCAGGCAAACUUCAAUAUAACGACCGAUAAUCUGGACGUGUUAAUGAAGAUAGAAUUAGGUCUGCGCAAGAAAGACGAUCUUCUUUUAGCGCGAGAUAUUUGCAGAAUGUUAUUAAAGAAAAAACAAACUAGCAAGGACGUCGAAAAACCACUUCUAAGAUAUUCUAACAAUCAUGACAUAUUGAAAGAGAUCUUGACAUUAUUAGCGAAUCAACCUGACAAGUUGAUAAAGGAAUUAUUAUUAAACAUCGUCGAGAAGGGUCACUUUAUGAAUAAAAAAACGAACGAAGUGUCAGAUGUGUCAAGUACUGCGCUCUCCAAAUUGCUUUACAUAAAAUUGAACACGCCAUCAAAGAGUUAA